CUAACGUCGUUAAUUUUUGUCGGCACAGGUCUCUGCUUGAGGUAAUACAAUUUAACAUUCUUGCUACUCUGCUGCUGAUUUUAUAUAUUUCAUUAUUGUUCUGCAAAAAUUAACAAGUUUAAACAGUAAAUAAAUAGUAUUUAAACAGUUAAUGUUAAAUAUUUAAUAAAUUGCAAACAGAAAAGAAAAAUGCUUAGUGAUAAGGCUAUAAAACUUUUGGUAAUUGGCGAAAGUGGUGUUGGGAAAUCCAGUCUUAUACGCCGUUUUGUGGAAAAUAAAUUUGACGAAAAUCACGAUGUUACUAUUGGAAUGGACUUUAAGAGUAAAGUGAUGAAUAUCGAUGGUGUUGAUUACAAAUUGGCUUUGUGGGACACGGCUGGUGCUGAAAGAUUCCGCAGUCUAACACCAAGUUUCUACAGAAAAGCAUUGGGAGCUAUUCUUGUUUAUGACAUUACAAAUCGCGAAUCGUUAGUCAAAUUGGAAGCAUGGUUUACAGAGUUGGAAAACUAUAGUGAUAAUCCAAAUAUAGCGACAAUAGUCGUUGGCAACAAAAUCGAUAAUGAACGAGUUAUUAGUCGAGAGGAAGGCUUGAAAUUUGCCCGUAAACAUCGAUCGUUAUUUUUGGAAACUUCAGCAAAACAUGAUAAAUUCGUGGCUGACGUUUUUAGGGAUAUUGUAGAAAAGAUUGUUUCAUCGGAUCACUAUGAAAGCCUAAAUAAUGGAAACACUGUCAAUGUUAAUGAAGAUUCUGAUAUUACAGAUGCAUCCAGUUGCAGAUGUUGAUUAAGUGAUUUAGUAAACAGUGGGAAUGAAUGCAUUCUAAUCAUGGUAUUUAAUCAACAAUAUUCGUCUGCACUGUUUCUUGUGUGUCUGUCUGUCUUGUUUAUGUAUGUAAUAAAGAUAUAAUAUUUGUACAAUUA